GCUCAGUGUGUGUCUGUGGCAGUUAUUGUUAUAAGUAAGAAAAUCGACGCUGCGCUCUCAGGGAGCUCGAGCUGUCCGGACGGUACAGAGGAAGACCAAAAAUGAACCGGAUAAGAAUCCACGUUUUGCCUUCAAGUCGGAGCCGGGUGGCUCAGACGCCUCGUCCCCAGGAGCCCCAGCUGUGCUCCUUCACGCAGCGGCCGUGCUCUCACCCCCGUCUGGAGGGCUUCGAGUUCUGCAUCAAACACAUCCUGGAGGACAAGAACGCCCCGUACAAGCAGUGCAGCUAUGUCUCUGCCAAGAACGGCAAGCGCUGCCCCAAUGCUUCACCUAAGGUCGAGAGGAAAGACGGCGUGACGUUCUGUGCAGAGCAUGCUCGCAGAAACGCCAUGGCCCUCCGAGCUCAGAUGAGGAAGUCUACUUCCAAUCCAUCCCCAGAGGUACUUCUGUCCCAGCUGAGUGGGUACAACCGUGCAGAGACAAACAGCGCUGACGGGAGCCGGUCUGAAGCUAGCCGUAUCCUAGAGGAUGAGAGUCUGAGUGAGGAGGAGCAGGUUCCGUUGGUACUAGACCAGACGUGGAGAGGAGACCCUGACAGUGACGGAGACAGUGUGGACAGUGAUCAUGAAGAUCCUCUGAAACAUGCAGGAGUUUACACAGCAGAGGAGGUGGCCCUCAUCACUCGAGAAAAGCUCAUCAGGCUCCAGUCUCUGUACAUCGACCAGUUCAAACGGCUGCAGCACCUGCUCAAGGAGAAGAAGCGUAGAUACUUGCAUAACCGCAAAGUGGAGCACGAAAGUCUUGGGAGCAGCCUGCUGACAGGACCUGAAGGUCUGUCUAUGAAGGAGAGGGAGAACCUGAAGAAGCUCAAAGCCCUGCGCCGGUACCGUCGUCGGUACGGUGUGGAGGCCCUGCUGCACCGACAGCUCAGGGAGAGGAGGCAGGCUGUGACAGAAGGAGCACCUCAGCCUCACACGAGAACAGUGUAUGAGAAGUGUAUCUCCUUUGUGGAGGGAACUCGAUGUACCAACCCCUGCCUGCCCAUGACCCGGCACUGUGUCUCACAUAUCUACCAAGACAGCAAUCAGGUACUUUUCAAAAUGUGUCCAGGCCUCAAAGACGUCCCGUGUGACCGCACCGUGCACAUGGGUCAGACCGACGACCCUCGCUGCCCUCUCCACCUCGCCCUGCCUCCGCCCAUGUUCCAGCCUGAGCAGGAGCCGCCCCCGCAGGAGCCCAUCACCACAGCUAGUAGAGACAUGUAUCUGAGUGCAGCAGAGCUCCAGCCCACAGAGAGUCUUCCUCUAGAGUUCAGUGAUGACCUGGAUGUGGAAGGGGAUGGCAUGCAAGGCCCUCCGUCCCCCCUUCAGUUUGACACAGCCCUGGCCCUGGAAGACCAGACCAUCAGAGCCAUCGCGGAGGCCCCGAUGGACAUCCUGACCGGAGAAGACCCAGACCAGGUGGACCUGGACGCCUCGGGACAGGAGCUCUCAGAGAGAGACGUGGAUUCCAUCAUGGAUGACCAGGUGGUGUCAGAGGUUAUAGGAGGUGAAGAAGAGGCCAACGACAAUUCACUGGAGGAUGUCAGCGCGGCUACAGUCGAUGCUCAAAGAUAAAGCCUCUGCAGCGUCACCUAAAGAAGGCAGUCUGUGUUCAGGCUGCGUUUCCACCAAAAGAACCCAGAACUCUUUGUUCCAGAACUUUCUUUUCAUGGGACUAGAAGGUGACAGCAGGUUAUUGUCAUCUUUGUUUUUAACUAGGUUUACAGACUCAAAGAUUUGGCAAAUUAGGCUGCUGUUGUGUAAAAUUAUAUCUGUUCUACUCUGGUUUAUGGAUGUUUAAUACCGGCCAUUUUGUUUGAAUCAAUAAAAAACUUCACAGCUGUGGAACUUUUUUUCUCUCAACAGUUUUAAAAAAGUAAACUCUCAAA